AAAACAAAACACCAAGGAUAACAUCAAAGAGCACACACGAAGAAAAAUCGAACCAAACAUCAUAUAUAAAAUGUCCUCUAUCACUCAUUCUCAACUCUCACCAACCAUUUUCCUUUCAUCUUCACAUCCCUAAUCUAAAACUCAGAACCAUUCUUUCUCACUUAACACACUCCAACAUGUUUAAAUCCACAAGCACUCGGAAAAGCCCUUCCAGGUAUGAGAAAUUAGAUAAAGAACAUGGUGGCAGUGGAACUUCAAAUGAGGAUUUUAAGAGGAGCACGAGUUUACCUUCUCGAUCUAUGGCUUCAACCUUUGGUGAGAUGAAUCUUCAGAGAAACCCCACAAAAAAGGACAGUAGUAAACCUAAGGAGAAGAAGAUUCAUCCACUUCUGAGUCUCUUUGAUUUUCGGCGGAAGAAGAAGACAACAGCGAGGCCUGAAUUUGCUAGGUAUCUUGAGUAUGUCAAAGAAGGAGGCAUGUGGGAUACCAAUUCAAAUAAACCUGUCAUCUAUUACAAAUGAUUACUUAUCCCAGGUUUCAAACUCAAGUGUUAGUUACUGUUAUAUAUAGUUUUCUUGAAUGAAUUCAUGUCAAAUCAUCAUAAGAUACAUGCAGGUGAGAUCUUGUUCCUGAUCGUUAAUAUUAUGAAUCAGUAAUGCAAAAAUGUCGUGUUCAUUUUCCUGUUGCUUCUGGCUGAA